GCCGAAGGUGGUGACGUCACGUGAUACAACUCAUUUUGAAUUCCUUAUACGGAGUGGCCUAACGCAAAUUCUCCCGUUCGGCAUUUCUCCAUCGAAGCAAUCAACCUGUCUAUAGUCCGGAGAUCAACAUCACCGCUUGGACUUCUCCGGCGAGAUCUCUGCAAUUUCCGAUCCAUACCGCCCGCAUAUUAGGUUAGAUCCCAACCAUGGCUCCGGUUUCAGCCCUCGCCAAGUACAAGCUCGUCUUCUUGGGAGAUCAGUCGGUCGGCAAAACCAGCAUCAUUACUCGAUUUAUGUACGACAAGUUCGAUAACACAUAUCAGGCUACUAUUGGGAUUGAUUUUCUAUCUAAGACCAUGUAUUUGGAAGAUCGAACGGUUCGAUUGCAGCUCUGGGAUACUGCUGGUCAAGAAAGGUUUAGGAGUCUUAUUCCAAGCUAUAUCAGGGAUUCCUCUGUUGCAGUUAUUGUGUAUGAUGUCGCAAGCAGGCAAUCAUUCCUGAACACUUCAAAAUGGAUUGAGGAGGUACGCACUGAGCGGGGCAGUGAUGUUAUAGUUGUCCUUGUUGGGAAUAAAACUGACCUUGUGGAUAAGAGACAAGUAUCAAUAGAGGAAGGAGAAGCCAAAGCUCGUGACCUGAAUGUUAUGUUUAUUGAGACCAGUGCAAAGGCUGGGUUCAACAUCAAGCCAUUAUUUCGGAAGAUUGCUGCAGCCCUACCGGGAAUGGAAACAUUAUCUUCAGCAAAGCAGGAAGACAUGGUCGAUGUCAAUCUCAAGUCCAGCAAUCCAAAUGGAUCUCUGUCCCAACCGCAGUCAGGAGGGUGUGCAUGUUGAUUAAGGGCCAGUCUAGAUUGGUGCAACCAUUAUCUGUAAAGCUCUUGUUCUUGAAUAGCAUUUAAAUUUUGGUUGUGCUUAUUAAAAAAUUUUCACUCAAAAACAGAUGGUUUAGUUGAAUUCAUGUUUUGCGUAAUCUGAACAAAUUAAUGUGGACCAGUAGGGAGUGAGACUAUAUUUUGCUAAAUUUUACCUUAGGCAUACAUGUUUUGAUUCGACUUGGCUUUGUUAGGUAUUUUUUACUGGGAAAUGCAAUAAAUGGAUUUGGUUAACUA